CCAAAUCCUUGCGGCCCUGCCUGACCAAAAGACUGCCUGACCACCAUCAACAUCGACGUCGCGCGAGAUUCGACAUAAGAUAUCUUGUCUCCCUUUUCAGCGCCCCCUUUCCGACCUACGCGACUCCACUACGACCGACUCAAACUCGAAACCGAGAACAAUCUCGAGACCUUGUGCAUCACCGCUGCAAACAAACAUCAUGGAGGCCUCUCCCUUGGCAACGGCCACGGCCUCGUCCUGCGACAGCCUCAAGACGCCCUCCUAUAUCGAGCUGACUGUUUCCAUCAUCAUUCUCAUCGGUCUUCUGAUCUCGUACCUUCCCCAGCACUAUCGCAUCAUCUCUCGCGGCACCUCCGAAGGCAUAUCUCCCUAUUUCGUCCUGCUGGGCACCACUUCCGCCACUGCUGGUUUCGCCAACAUCCUGACUGUGGCACCGUCUCGCAACGCCAUUGGCUGCUGCAGAGAGCUGGAGACAUUCGAAUGUGCUGCCGGCCUGCUUGGUGUUGCCCAGCUUGGAACACAAUGGCUGUGCUUCACUGCCAUCCUUGUUCUAUUCCUCAUCUUCUUCCGCUAUCGCGAAGCCAAUGUGCCUCAAGAUGAGCUUGGCGGAGAGAGCCCAAGAUGGCAAACGGCUCUCGCCGUGGGCGGCCUCAGCAUCCUUCACGGAUUGAUUGUGAUUGCACUGACGGGCGUAUUUGCCAUUGCCUUGCCUAACAAGCUAAACAUCUGGGCCAAUUUCCUCGGUGUCAUGUCUGCAGCUCUGGCCGCCAUCCAAUACGUUCCUCAGAUAUGGACGACCUACCACCUCAAGCACGUCGGCAGCUUGAGCAUCCCCAUGAUGUGCAUCCAGACACCGGGAGGUCUUUUAUUUGCUGCCAGUCUUUUCGCAAGACUUGGCAUGGAGGGCUGGAGCACAUGGGCCAUAUACCUUCUGACGGCCUUCAUGCAAGGUAGUGUUCUUGCAAUGGCCAUCUACUACGAAGUUGCGAGACGCAACGAAGAAUACGCGCACAGCUACACCAGCAGUGCCCCUCAGUCUCCCAUCGAGCAUCACGCCACGCCGCAGCGUCCAUACGCUCCUCGUACCUACUCUGAGGGCUGGGAACGCGGCCUACCAGGCCCCUUCACAGGCCACCCAGAACGGUAUGCCGAAACUGAGGAAGACUUGGACGAUAUGGAAGAAAGAGAGGAACGAGCCAUUGCCAGAGAGAACCAGCCGCUUCUCAAGCCGGGCGGUAUUGGCAACCCUCACCGAAACUACGACUCGACUUCGCGUCAUUAAAGCCUCAGCAUUCUAGCGAGGGAACGCAUCCGGGAAGAUGCGGUAACAACAAGCUUACCUGCUUCGUUUAUGAUUUAGCUAACAAGGGAUUUUUUUCCUCCUUUUUUUUUAUUUGUGUGUGCCAUUAUCAUCGAGAUAGAAAGUCGCAAGGCACAAAGGGAAUGGAUGCAUUGCUGCCAGGAUUCGACAUUAAAGCUAUCAAGGGUGUUUCUUUCUUUUUAUUUUUCUAUUAAAUAGUGUACGAUAUGGUAUAUAAUAGCUACCUAUGCAUGGUCUAUCUAGUUUUAAAGGAAUCUACAGCAUAAAUCGGCUUGAUCUGAUGAUUUGUGGUGACCUUUGUCCGCGACGGUAGGGUGUCAAUAUUGAUCACGUAUAAUCUCAGCCAUUAAAAAGAGACGCCCCAUUACUCGACGCUGAAAGAAAGGAUGCCGAGGAAUGGCGACAAUGUACAACCAUUUUUAUUUACAACAAACAACGUUG